UAUUUUAAACACCCCCUCCUGUCACCUUUAAAUUUUAAACACCGAACGUUGAUCAGUCUCACACAACCAGACCAUUAUUUCGAAAACGAGUGCAACAUUAAUGAUAUUUCACAAACAUGAGUCCACCAGACAAGAAGGCCCAUUCCCCUGUGAAGGUGUAUCUACUCCAAAGGCCUCUCAACGCACGUGAAAAGGAGCAAAAAUGCUUCAACGUUGUUCAUGCAGCACAGGCCCGUGAAGUAGUGCUGAAAAAUGGGGUGACGAAAAGAAAGUUCACGUGUGACCACUUUUUUGGACCGGAGACCACUCAGUCGGAGCUAUACAAUGCCACAAUCGCCCCCAUGAUUAACAACGUAGUUGCGGGCAAUAAUUGCACCCUUUUUGCUUAUGGGCCGACCGGGACUGGCAAAACCCACGCGAUGUUUGGUGAGAUGAAGCCGGGUGAGGAGAUCAAUUCCAGAAUGGACGAAUCAGUGGGUUUAAUCUUACGGGCUUCCCAUAAUCUUUUUGCUGAGUUGAGCAAACUCAGCAUUCGGACUGAGUACACCGUCAGAACAUCGUUUGUAGAAAUCCACAAUGAAGAAGUUCAUGAUUUAUUCAGAGAUAAUGUAGCUUUGAGGAUGUACGACGACCCACUUCUUAAAGGAUCUGUUUGUUUGAAAGAGUUGAGGACAGUCACGGUAUUCAAUACGGCAAAUGUUGUAGAGUGGAUUACUAUAGGUCUUCAAGCUCGUCAAAAAAAUGCGGCUAAUCACAAUAUUCGGAAUUUGCGUUCGCACGUUAUUUUCACGUUUUUAGUAAGCGUACGGGAAAUCGACGGUAGAGGUGAUGAGAUUAUUCGAAGCGGAAGACUGCGACUGCUGGAUUUAGCAGGUAGCGAAAGCGUUGGACGGGAACGAGCCCGCGAUUCCGGCAACGUCAACCGUUCUAUCCAUACUUUACCAAGAAUGAUUAAAGCUAUAGCCCAAAAAAUGCAGUACGUGCCUUAUAGGGAGUCCAAACUGACCAGAAUCCUACAAGAUAGUUUGAGCGGUAACACCAAAACCGCGAUGCUUGCCACAUUCUCGCCAAGCUCGGGCUCUUGGGAGGACACCAUAGCCACGCUGGAACUAGGACAGCUCGCUAAAACUAUAGUCACAAACACUUACGUCAACGUUGACAAAAAACAGGUCAAUUUAUUGAAAGAGUUGGAUGAUGAGUUGGACAGAUUGAAGUCUGAACUGGCCGCUGCCAAAAGACGCGAAGGAGUUUUCGUCAGCAACCAAGCCUUCAAACAAAUGACCGACGAUACUAACAACAACAAUCAAAAAGUUCUUGAACUGGUGGGUAAAAUCGCCGAAUUGGCGAACCACAAAAGUUCGAUCGAUUUGCAGUAUCGCUCCCUAGAACUCUCCUUCCACAAAACCAAAGAUUUUCUAGAAACCGUCCAACAAAGGAUUGUCGAAACACGAAAGGCUUUAUUGAACCAAGAAGUAACGUUGAAUGCCGUCACGGAAAAACAUAAAGACACGGCCGACUUUACCAAGACUCUGUUAGAUGUUUGUAAACGCUCCACGCGGAACGAAGAAAUUUAUUAUCGAAAGUAUCAACAGACAACUGCUACGAAUAAAGAGAACGCGCAAAAGUCGAAAGAAAUGCUUUCGAUUUUGAACAGCUGUCUUCAGGAUAUAGCUGAUGAGACCCAGCGUACUUCCGCGGAGAAUUUAGCUGCGAUAAACCAAACACAGGAAGAUUUGGUUGCUCUGAGCAAAGACACGUCGGAUGGCGCAUGUUGCAUGGAUUUAAUUGCGUCUGAUAUGCGCAGCUACGCUGACAACUAUAACUUGACGUUGAACGAACUGGCACAAAACGAUUCAAAUUGUCGUUUAAAGACGCUUCAGGAUGUAACAAGCGGCACAUUUGAGCACGAUCUUGCCCAUCUUGGCACACAGAAGGAAAUUAGAGACACAAUGGAAGCCAUAAAGCUAGAGUAUGAGACGGACCUGCGCGAUAUGGCGCUCCAUUCAGAGAAUACUUCUCACAAUGUACAGAAGCUAGCUGAAGAAAAUGAAGCUCUAAUAAAAAUAGCAAGGACGCAUUUUUCAAAAAAGAAGUCGCAGCUUCGUGAGAGAAGAGAAGCCAUUUACGAAGAAAAACGCAAGAAUGAUGCUGCGAUUCGUCACGCGAAGGAAGAAAUUGCAAGAGCCGACAAAGAAAAACAAGCUUUAUUAGAAAGGGCCGCCAUUCUAGAAGCAAACAUCGCUAAAGUGAAAGCUAUAAAAGAGCAAAACGCGAAUAUGGUCCUAGUACCAGUACGACAAUCCGUCAAUGAUUACUUGGAGCAACCGCGCAAAAUCGUGAAUACCUCAAUGGCGAAAAUAGAAAAUGUUUUGCAAGAAGUCGAGUCUAAUCAAAGUCUCGUGCACACUCAAGCAGAGUCAGAUCGGAGCGCUGUACAUCAAGCCGUCAAGGAAAUGGAAGCAACAGUCAAGGAAAAUCUAACUCAGAGAAAUGAGGAACUUCGCGAUGUGUUGCAAACCGGCCGAUCGUCACUGGUCAACACAGCUCGACACAACGUAGCCGAAAAAACAUUGCCGACUUUGGGUCGAGUAGAUGACACUUUCACGCAGUUGUCGGGGAAUCUAGUGCAACGAAACGUUAAUCUACAGACGCGUUCGGCCGAUGCAGCGCAAGAACUUAACGAAUGUUAUGAAGGCAUUCAGAGCGUUGGACAUGCCGGGGAUACACCCGCUAAACAAACAUAUAAGUAUCCCAAAGGAAUCUCUGUCCCAAGACUGAAUAUGAACGGCGACGCCCAUUCACCCAAUGGAAGUGAUAAAUAAAGGUGGUAUUUGUUUGAGGACUGAUGACCAUUUCUAUAUCAAAUUAUUUGUAGUUGUAAUUAUUAUUUCACAAUUUUAUUGCAAUCGAAAAAUUCUAUGCUUUAUUAUUACUAUUCGUUAUAAAAAUGUCCAGAGUUCAUCACUACUCACUUAAUUUUUCUUUUUUCUGUAAACCAACACGAAUAAAAUUGUGAAAUAAAAAAAUUAUUAUCGAAAUAAAAAAAGUCGUAUUACAUUUUGAUUCGUCAGUUUGUAAAGUACGAGUAGGUAUU